UGUUGGGCCUCUUAGUGAAAUGAGGCAGGGCAUGAUGAUCAAUAUGGCUGCCAGUGCUUCCUGUGACAUUAGACAUUAGGCCUGCAAAUCACCACUCUCCCCAGCCACACACACUCCCCCCAGAAACACACACACUCACACACUCACACACUCCCUCCCUCCCUGCAACACACACAAACAGUCUAUAUACUGGCAUCCAUCUCCUGUUGUGUUUCCUGAUGAGCGGUAGUGUGUCUGAAUAUGUUUGCAUGUUACGAUGGAGAACAGAUAUAAUCAAAUUAACAAAGGGCUAAAUAUUGGACUGACUCCUCCUUGAAGUUGCCAAAAACAUGACUUGCAUGAAUGCUAACAACCAAUUUGACUUGUGCUGCCCCCAAGUGGUCGAAUAAAAUAUGGACUGGUUCUAUUUUUAACUUUUAAGAGCACAUUUAAAUGAACACCAUUUUUUGUCAUGCUCUGAGGACCUAGUCUCACGUCUCGCUAGUUACUGUGAGGCCGGUGGAUGUUUUGUUCAGCGGUGCCGUCCAUGGUUAAGUGUGAGGGCCUGAAUCAAGGACUUCAAAACACAUGUUUUUUUCUAUGUAGACCAGACAAAUAGCUUUGGCUGUACAGCAGAAUACAAAGAGACAGUUCUCGUGGUGAAGAUGGAUUUGGCUGUCACUUCUGCUGCGUCCGUUUCUCUGCCACCCAUGCCUCGUGUGUGCGCUGCCAAUUAAGAUGCGGCUGUCGUCUGGUAAAUGCAGCUGUGCCCUGCGAGAUGCAGUAGCCCACCCAAUGACUGUAAAUAUCCACUGACAUUAACCAGCCUGAGCAGCCACUUCCUGUCUGUGAACCCGUGGUGGCUGCUGUGUCUUGCCUCGGCCACCGUUUCCCGGAAAACAGAGAAGAUCCUCCAGAGCCGGCUGUGAGGAGCUUCCAGGCCUCGGCGUAUCGGGAAAUCAGUUUUUUUCCCUGCGUCAAAAGAGCUUAUGAAUUCAAAAUGAGACCUUCCCUCUUGUUUGCGCGCAAUCCCUCCUGGUGUUUGAGGUGUUUACGUUUCUGCUGAGUCAUGGUGGGUUUAGUUCCAGCUGAUGGAAGAAUAGUUAUGGCGGCCAAACCCCAGGGUGGGUGGAAGUGAGUCAGAUCUGUAUUUGGCUGAUAGCAGAAGUUUUUGUUGAGCUUCUGAAAUGUUUGUGUUGAAUUAAAUAACAGCUGCGGUCGGCAUUUCUGCUGUACACGCUGCCUCCGUAGAUCAAUAAAGCAUCUGUUGAUCAGUAAAUUAUUCAAGGCAUUUGGUAACAGCUGUAUUUUUUUUGUUUAAGCUGUCUCUCUGUUCCCAUAAAUCACCACAUUGAGUAUUUAAAGGUGGUCCAUGCGGCAUGUCAAACCCGGUUGCUGCACACACUGUACACGAGAGCCACAGGAGGAACAUUUGCUUUUUUCUUUUACAGCACAACACUGAAGGAAACGUGUCCUGCUGGUAGAAACAGACAAAUCCUUCAUAGCUUCAUUUUACGCUGUAGUUUAACACUAAAUGUGGAAUCAAUUCGUUGCUAUCGCACAUCUGUGACUGCGUUUGCCUCCAGAGGGCUGGAAUCUGGACCACAGCAUCUCAUCAAAGUGUAAUUAGCUCCAACGCAAUCCCAUGACUAAAUAUUUUAAAAUGCUACCCAAAUGACAAACCAUACCUUUGUAUAUAUAAAGUGAAUAUUUAGAUGUAUAUCAGUGUGCAGUCACAAGAAACUGGCCUUUGACCCUACAGCGGCUCCUCUGUCAUGGCAGCACGCUCGCUCAGCAAACAGACCAGAGCCGUCCAGUGGCGUCAUGGCUGCAGACUGUGGGUUAAAAGAGAUUGUUGAUGUUGUUAUUACACACCGUUACAUCAGUGACAGCUGUGGGUCGACAUGUUCUCCUGAGUGCCAUCAUCAAAUAUUUACCUCUGCUGAUACCAGCCCGGCAGAUAUCGCAAUCACUCCAGUGAUGUAUUGUGUAUGAAUCAUUUGUUUUUCAGAAUGGUUGAAAAAAAGGCCAGUUGGAAGACAAGGACACGUUGUGGCGGCCUUUCUGUAAAGCAGCAUUUAGGGGGAAGUAAGGAAAAACCUAAUUGCUGACAAUGGUAAUGGUGAUCAUGCAAGCAUACUGUACAGUCGCUAACUUUGUCUCACUGAUAUCUGGUAUUUGUCAGUUGGCAUAGAGUCGGUUACCUGUAAUUAGAGUUUGCAGACUGAGCUGCAGAGGCAAGGCAAAUUUAUUUGUACAGCACAUUAGAACAACAAGGCAAUUCAAAGUCCAAAAAUUCCUGAAAUGUUUUAUGAUGUGCUCAUAAAAAACCAACAAAGAAACACGCAAGGGUGAAGACAGUAAGGUUGUGGGCAGUUGAACCAAAACAAAACGCUGUACGAAGCUAAAGCACUCGCUGCAAGAGUUUUGUGAUAAUAAUUUGUCGUCACAUGUCUCAGAGUACAAGUAGUGUUUGUGCCACUGUUCAUAUAGAAAUGUUGCAGCUUUAACUGAAAACUUUGAUCAAUUUAUUUCAGUAUCUAUAUGUUUAGUGUGUUGGGGUUUGUGUGCUUGUUUUUUACAUUGGCACAAGUGUUUCCUCCAAUAAUUUAUUUUUGUGAUAACUUGAGGGCAGCAAAGUGUAAACACAUCAAUGACAAUAAUAUUACAUUAUAAUAUUGACAUAUUUAUUAUAUAUUAUUAUAUAAUAAUCAUAUGAUUGUCCUGUACAUAUUCAGUCGGCUUCUGGCCGCACGAUCAAAGUCAAGUCCAAUUUUUUUUUUUAAGCUCUGUUUUGGUCCCCACCAAUUAAGUAGCUUAGUUGUGUCUCUGCAAUUUGCUGCUCGGCAGGUAGCAUACGGUGGAUUGGCUACAGCUUUUUGCUUUGAAAAUUGCCGCCUUUUUAUGGCUGGAAUAACUGUUCAUGAGACUGAACCAAAACAGUGAAGUUGUGGAACUGAAAAAAAACAAGACAGUGGUCCGAAAGAAGCUACGAUCUGCAACUUUACACAAUAACCUAUUAACAUAAUGUUAUUUUCAGACUGAGCCAUAGAUGACUGUGACUCUCUAAAUGAGCAAAAUACCACAAAUUGAGUUAAGAUCAUUAAUUGUAAAGAUACAUCUAAGGCAAAUAUGAAAUAUAUACAACACUGAGAAUACAACAGUGUUUUGUUGUUGUUUAUUUAAAAUUAAUGAUGCUGUGUUUGCCCCCCCCCCGUUGUACCCUUCGCUUCAUUGAGAGACGCUUAAUUACCCUGACAGCCAAUGGGCUUCACGGACCGGCUGCGGUAAUGAAUGAACUACACCCCUCGCGUUCCCGGCAUGCAUUGUGGAAAUGGAGCGCUAGAGAGAGAGAGCGAGAGAGAGAGAGAGAGAGAGAGAGAGAGAGGUUGUUGGGGGGGCAUGGUUUUAAGUCUAAGGAGGACCGUGGACCUGAGCGCAGAAGAAGAAGAAGAAGAAGCAGAAGCAGCAGCAGCAGCAGCAGCAGCAUCAUCAUCAUCAUCAGAAAAAGAGUCAUCACCCGACACUCACUCAUCAGUGAGAGCUGCGCUCAGGAUUUCAAGUGUUCGUCCCCUUCACCUCCUCUGGCCUGACAGACCCACCAUCCCAUCACCAUGAACUACCUUCGCCGGCGCCUCUCAGACAGCAGCUUUGUGGCCAACCUCCCCAAUGGCUACAUGAUGGAUCUGCAGAGGCCGACCCCUCCAGGUUCCUCCACUUCCUCACCUGCCUCCCCCGCCACAGAGAGGCGGCAGCCCCUGAGCAUCCCAAGCCAGACCCAGGGUUUGGGCUCCGCUCCGGCUUCAGGUCCGGCUCCGGGCCCAGGGAGUUUCCUCAGCUCCUUCUCCAGCGUGGUGAAGAGUGCCCAGAUGGCCCAGAGUGUUGCAGCUGCUGCACACGCUAAGUCUGCGGCAGCAUCAGCUGAGGGCGCCCCGGCAGGAAACAGUCAGCCAGCCAAGCCUGUCAUACGCAAGCCCAAGAUCCUGCUGGUGGUUGAUGAUCAGCACACAGACUGGGCGAAGUAUUUCAGAGGAAAGAAGCUUAAUGGAGAAUAUGAGAUCCGGGUGGAGCAGGCGGAAUUCUCAGAGAUCAACCUGGCCUCCUACGUCAACUCCGGAUGUAUGGUGGACAUGCAGGUCAACAAGGGUGGCACUAAAGUGGUGAGGUCCUUCAAGCCGGACUUCGUCAUGCUUCGCCAGCAUGCCUACAGCAUGGUCCCCGGUGAGGACUUCAGGAACCUUGUGAUCGGCCUGCAUUUUGGUGGUGUCCCGAGCGUCAACUCUCUCUUCUCCAUCUACAACUUCUGCAGCAAACCUUGGGUGUUUUCUCAGAUGAUUAAACUCUACCACUCCCUGGGUCCUGAGAAGUUCCCCCUGAAUGAGCAAACCUUCUAUCCCAACCACACGCAGAUGGUUACAACUGCUUCCUGUCCUGUGGUGGUCAAGAUGGGGCACGCCCACGCUGGUAUGGGAAAGAUCAAAGUUGAAAAUCAACAGGACUUCCAGGACAUCACCAGUGUGGUGGCACUCGUCGGGACCUACGUCACAACCGAGCCCUAUGUCCAGUCCAAGUAUGAUAUUCGCAUCCAGAAGAUCGGCAACAACUACAAGGCUUACAUGAGAACGUCCAUUUCUGGCAACUGGAAGGCGAACACAGGUUCGGCCAUGAUGGAACAGAUCGCUAUGACUGACCGAUAUCGCUUGUGGGUGGACUCCUGUGCUGAGAUGUUUGGUGGCCUAGAUAUCUGUGCAGUGAAGGCUGUCCACGGAAAAGACGGCAAAGACUAUAUCAUCGAGGUGAUGGACAGCUCUAUGCCUCUGAUUGGUGAACACGUGGAGGAAGAUAAACAGCUGAUCACAGAGCUGGUCAUCAACAAGAUGGCCCAAGUGCUGCUGGGAGUUUCCACAUCUCAGCCUUCCUCUGUAAAGACCACACAGCCCUGGCGAGGUGGACCCCGCUCUUCUUCCGCCUCUCCGUCCUCGUCAGCCCAGGGGUCACCUCAGCGAGCCCGCUCAGCCUCCACCUCGCCCAGCCAGGCCUUCCAGCCCGGUCCCAUCCCCGUCUCCUCUGGGCCUGGGGCUCAGAAGCAGUCACCACAGCUAAACAAAUCCCAGUCACUGACCAACACUUUCACAGAGACACUACGGGGAAACGUGAACGACGAUGAGGCCAAAGCCGAGACCAUCCGCAGCCUCCGGCAGUCUUUCGCCAGCCUCUUCUCCGACUAAAAACUUUGCCGGGAUCUUCCUUGUCAUGUCAGUCGUCAGGUGUGAUUUAAAAAAACAAAAAGAAAAAAAAACCUGACUGGUAAAUCUAUAAUGGAGUCUCUUUACUCCUCCUCUUCCGAGCUUCAGCUUCCUGUUCUUUCUCCAUGUAUGUGAAGUUUAACACCUGGUGCGACCCGCUAUCCUCGAAUCAACAAUACGUUUAUCACUAGAUAGGCCAAUGGAUUAUAGAUGAAGUCUCAGAUGAAGGUCACCAAGGUGAUGCGUGAUGCUGUCUAACUUUAAAAGUUGACAAAUUUGUAUUUGUCCUUCUUACAGUAGAUAUUAAGAGAUGUGGUGCAGAACUAAAUCAAGCCCCAUUUUUAUGUCCUCUUUUCUGUUCAGUUAAGAAUAUAUAAACACAUAAACAGUGUGUCCAUAUAAGCAUCAGUUCAGUCUCUAUUUUGUUGAUUUUUUUCCCAGCAUGCGACCGAAACUGUCUCCUUAUACCCAUUAUUCCUUGUCUUUUUAUUCAACCAAUACUGCAGGGUUCAAGUUGGGGGACUGAGACAUGUUUAAGAAAUGUUGAUGCUGUAGUUUGGUUUGUUUCAAGUUGAAGUGCAGUUUAAAACAGUAGAAAUCUGGGAAUCCCCAUAGAAUUCAUAUCAGCAGGCAGCUAAUGACAGUUUGGCCUAUCUAGUGAUAAAUGAUUACAGUAAAAAAACAACAGGAUCUAGCUGGUACUGCUUUUGAUAUAGUCAUUGUUCUCCAUUUGUUUGUCCAGUCAGUGAAACUGUUUGGUGUGUCUCAUGUUUAAUUUAUUGAAUGUAUUUAUUUGAAAUUUUUUUCAUGACUUUGAUUGACGCGCAUCUUCCAAAACUGUCUUUGCAGGCGUCCAGAGCAAUAUUGUUAUCUGAAUCUGUUGCAGUUAGCUCAUGAGAAAAUGAACGGAAUCCGCACGGUUCACCAGCGAUCUUUCAAGCGUCUUGCCAGCAGCCAGAUUUCUCAGACAUCCCUGUGCUGUAGACACAUGUUGGCUUACGUAGUGACUCCUCUACCUUGGCCUAAAAUCUACCAAAGUGCUUUUAAUAAUACAGUAGAAAAAAAAACAACCUCUGCACACGGUCAAGAAAACAAUCAGACAGCGAACCAACCGUUGAACUUGUGAUUUCACAAGGUGCAAAUGCUGUACUGGCUCACAGCCAUCGUCUUCCAUCACAGCUCGGAUCUUCCCCUCCAGUCGUUCCUUUUCUUGAUGUUUCAAGCUUUCUGAGCAGCACUCAGGAGUGUCUAUGUGGGGGAUAAAAAAAAUUUAAAAAAUAACUGAUGUGUUUAAAGGCGAACGGUGAGGGCGUAAUAUUUGACAUUCAAUGUGCUGAAGUAUCCACUCAGACAGAAACGGUUUGGGCGUGUAACACUGCAUCUUAUGUCUUAAUUCUCCUUCAUUCUCUACAACCAAUGUCGGCUGGGGUGGCAAAUCAUUUACCAUCAGCAUUUUUUUUAGCUUUUGGUCUCACGGGGUGUGUUAUAGGUGGGAAAGGGAAAGGGAAUUCCCUUUCAAAAAUGUGUUUACACUAUAUUGUAGCCUUCAAUGAUUUCUUUUUUAGUCAUUCGUGUUUAAUGACAAAGAUCCAUUGUGACAUCUGUAGACAAUAUUUGUUUGAUAAUAACCUUGUCUUUCCUGUGAAUUUUAACGCGAAAGGAGAGUUGUUUCGGUUACUUAUAAUUAGCACCAAAUUUCAUCUUUUAAAGGAAAAGUUAAUAUGUAAAAUUACGAGAACCCAUUAAUUUAAUAGUAAGCAAGGUUAUUUCUCCCCAAAAAACAUGUUCUGCAAACCUUGGUGCAACACUUGCAUCCAGAAGAGGAUUGACUGUACAUGUUGCUUUUCAUGCAGAGCACAAACACAACUUAACAAUCUAUCAAUUGGUAGCUUUGCAGGAAAUUAUCAAGAAUUCUGGUAGUUGGCUCCAUAAUUAUCUGUGCUACAAACUGAAUUAGCCUACAUAUGUUUGUUUUCCCCCUCCUAUUUGAUUCAGAGGGACCUGGACAAAUAAAAGAAAAUGAUGGACUGUAGUGUGUACGAAGAGGACAUUCAAGUAUCUGUGAGCAGUACACAGUAGUUUAAAUGGACCUGUCAUUACUCCAAUAUGUUUUUAUUGUUACUUUCAUAAUUCUUGUACUAAUGAUAACAAUAAUAGUUAUCAUUUUAAGAAAAAAAUCUAUUCAAAUGCAUGAAGCUGUACAAAAUCUAUAGUGUGUGGGUGUGGGUGUAUAUGUGUGUGUCAAGUUGCAGAUUUUCGAUUCUGAUGAUCACCCAAAAAAACUGUCCAUCUUUGCAAUAAUCAUGUUAAUAAUAUCCAUUUACCCCAUUUUUAUUCAAAGCUUGACACCUUACGAGAAGCUCUUUUUUUUAACAAGCUAUUUUUGGGGGGUGGGGUGGAUUGCCUUCCAAUCUCACUAGCAUUAACGUAGAAUUACAACAACUGUACUAAGAAGUGGUCAGGAUUUUAGUUUAGUUUCUUCUCCAAACAGUUGCUCCGGAGCAAAAAACGGUACGAUUGGCUGCAUUUAUCAUCGGUUGUUCGUCUAGUUGCUAAGUCAAAUUCCUGCGUUGAUGUUGCUACACCGGUUCAGCUUUCUGUUCUCGCAAAGAACUGUAACCAAAUAUAUGUUUCACUUUUUGAACGAGUAUUCAUCAUGGAUGCAAUUCACUGCAUGAUUGAAAACUACAAUAAUAAUGAGUCCCUUCCUUACACGUCAGCUGUGUGUUUUUGAUUUGAAUGGUUAGGAAACGACCAGUUGACUGCUCUAGAGAUGUUUUUAUGGCAAUUUGAGUUUACUGAAUCUGUUUUGUGUUUUCGUUCCUUCCAGCCAGUCAUAGAUUGUGAUAACUCUCCCUCCAAGGAUUGUUUGGAAAAGAGAUAAUGCAGUGUCUUGUCCCUGAGCACUUUUGCAAGCGCCUUUGGUACGCCUCUGUCAAAAUGGACCAAAACUAGCAUUUUAUUUUGAGACCCCCUGACGGUCGUAUCUGUCUUUGUUGUAAAGAUGCCCGCCACUUGAUAUGUUUGACCGCAGUGUGAUAAGCCAUAAACGAAAACCUGUGAGGAUUCCCUGUCCUCCGUGUGCCACGCAAUAAUGGCUGUGACAUCGCUGAUGAACUCCGACCACUGUGUCUGUUACCUUUAAAGACAUGAGGUGGCCCGUCCGGCACUACGGAGGCACGCAGCAGCAGCAGCAGCGACGGAUUUUCAAUUGAAAAUCAAGAGAAAUCGUACCUCACAGUUGAAUUACCAAGUACAUCUGUCUGGAUGAAAGAUUAACUCUGAUGUCAGGUAUAUCUCAGUUUUUACUGCACUUUUGGUAAAAAAAAUUCAGUUUAGGAUCUAGUCGAUGCCAUACACACACAUAUAUAUAUACUGUACUCAUGCUUAUGUGUUAGGUCAGAUCAUAAUCAGUGACCAGAUGUCAGAUGAUUUAAGCUUCUCACAAGUGUAUAUUAGCUUGAUUUUUUUCUUUUUUUAUUUAGCAACAGACAAAAUAUCUCACCCACUAACUUAACACACAUGAUAUAUUCUUGGAUUUGACCCAAUUUGAACUGAGCUGCAAAAGUCUACCAGUAACUACUUCGAGUUCGGCAGUGCUCUGCAGGAACUGACUGUAGAGUGGUAGUACCGGGAAGUGAGCGGUGUUUUCGAUCGUAACCAAGAGCGCAUCAGUGCCAGGAGACAUUUCUUUGAUACAUGGGCUGUAGAAAAACACUAAUGUGGCGCGUGUGAUGUCAACCUGAGGAAAACAGUCUAGAUUUCCUGCAACAUCCAAGAGCAUUUGCGUUUAUAAACUGACAAAGUAUAGAGCUUCUCACUCACUCCCAAAACAUAACUUUUUUUUUUAAAGUAAUCAAUAAUAAUUAAUAACCAGAAUUGAACAUAUGCAGCCUCAGAGAUUCGCCAUUACUACAGCUCAUACUGCGAGGAAACCAAGUCCACUUUGAAUAUGGUAUUUGACGUUGCACAGGUUUAGUGGCCGUUUGUUCAUGUCCACCGUGUCCCUCCCUCUCUGCUGAAUGGUGGGUGGUAUUGUGUGAUACUCUAAGUGUGUCGAUGUUCUGUAUAUUGGUGUAAAUGUGGCAUGAGAACAGACCCCCCCCCCCCCCCCCUGUGUGCCUCAGGUGUGUACAUUUGGUCGUCAUGUGAUCUUAAUGUCUGGCUGCUUAUUUGUGAGAAGUGUGAUGCAUCUCAUGUGUUUCUGUAAUUUAUUGGUAUUAAGAUUAUUUUCCCUUUUUCUGUACUUUUGUUCUUUUGUCUGGGAAAAAAAAAUUCUGUUAUUAAAACUAACAACUUUUAUUACA